AUAGAGGUCUUUUCUCCUUCUCGGUGACUCUCUCUCUCUCUCUCUCAAUCUCUUUUUCUCUCUUGGGAGUGUUUACACACAGAGAGAUUGUGUGUAGAAUCCCACUUCCCAAAAAAUCACGGAAAAUCACAUUCCUUUGUAUAGCGGGAAACCAAUAAUAAUAUUAUAUUGAAGAAACCACCGACCUUGUUCUUCUUCUUCUACUUGGGUUUUUAUACUUUUGCUCAUAAAUUCACCGUUACUCAUUGCCACUCGAAACAAACAUCUCGCUCCGUGAUUCCAAAAUCGCCAAUAUCACACAUUGAGGGAGCCAGCAUAUGUUCAAUGGAUCAAGAUACUUCUAGUGCUGAUUCACAUCAGAAACGAGGUGUUCUCUUAAAAGAUCAAGUUCGAUUGGUUAAGAGAAAGGACUGUGAUCGCUAUGAGAUUGCUUCAAUCCAAGAUCCUUUGUCAUUUGAGAAGGGUUUCUUUGUGGUGAUCCGUGCAUGCCAAUUGUUAGCCCAAAAGAAUGAGGGAAUAAUACUGGUAGGCGUGGCAGGUCCUUCUGGCGCUGGAAAGACAGUGUUUACAGAAAAGAUACUCAGUUUUAUGCCCAGUGUUGCUGUUAUUUCAAUGGAUAAUUAUAAUGAUGCUAGCCGGAUUGUUGAUGGCAACUUUGACGAUCCACGCUUGACAGACUAUGACACCUUGCUCCAGAAUGUCCAUGAUUUAAAGGCAGGAAAGCAGGUCCAGGUUCCAAUUUAUGAUUUCAAGUCUAGCUCCCGCACGGGAUACAGGACACUUGAAGUCCCAACCUCCCGCAUUGUGAUCAUUGAGGGCAUCUAUGCUUUGAGUGAAAGGUUGCGACCUCUACUGGACCUUCGUGUGUCUGUAACUGGUGGAGUUCACUUUGACCUCGUCAAACGGGUUUUACGGGAUAUACAACGUGCUGGCCAAGAACCAGAAGAGAUAAUUCAUCAAAUAUCUGAAACGGUAUAUCCAAUGUACAAGGCCUUUAUUGAGCCAGAUCUACAAACAGCACAUAUUAAAAUCAUCAACAAAUUCAAUCCUUUUACUGGAUUUCAGAGUCCUACUUAUAUAUUAAAGUCAACAAGGAUGGUGACUGAGGACAAAGUCAAGGCUGUUUUCAGUGAAAAUCAUACUGAAACAAUGGAACAGACUUAUGAUAUAUAUCUUCUGCCACCUGGUGAAGAUCCAGAAUCUUGCCAAUCAUAUUUACGGAUGCGGAAUAAAGAUGGAAAAUACAGUCUCAUGUUUGAGGAAUGGGUGACUGAUAAUCCAUUUGUCAUUUCACCAAGAAUUACGUUUGAGGUCAGUGUUCGUCUUCUUGGGGGGCUAAUGGCCUUGGGAUACACAAUAGCGUCUAUCCUUAAGAGAAGCAGCCAUGUAUUCUCAGAUGAUAGGGUCACUGUAAAAAUUGAUUGGCUAGAGCAAGUAAAUCGUCAUUAUGUUCAGGUGCAAGGAAAGGAUCGCUUAGUUGUAAAAUGUGUUGCCGAGCAGCUGGGAUUGGAAGGUUCAUAUGUUCCUCGUACUUAUAUCGAACAAAUUCAACUGGAAAAGCUUGUAAAUGAGGUCAUGGCCCUGCCAGAAGAUUUAAAGACGAAGCUCAGCCUGGAUGAGGAUCUGGUUUCAAGCCCCAAAGAAGCACUUUCUAGAGCCUCUGCAGAUAGAGUUGCCAUGAGAAAUAAGCAUCUUAAGAGUGGUAUGUCACAUUCGUAUACAACCCAGAGGGACAAAAAUCUGGCAAAGCUUUCUGGAUAUAGUGCCAACGGUCAAAGGUUUGAUGAUAGAAACUCGGAGUCCCCUUCAAUGCCGGCAAAUCAGGGGGUCUUUACUCAGCUUUUAGAACAAAUUACCUCGCUGAAUGAUAGAAUGGAUGAAUUUACAAAUCGUAUUGAAGAGAUGAAUUCGAAGUUAACCAUCAAGAGAAAUUCUCCCAGCCAACAAAACAUGUCUGCUCAAGCUGACACCUGCAAUGGCUCUGCUCCCACUUCUUACUUCAUCUCUAGUUUAGGCAAUGGUUCAUUGACUGGAUCUAUAAUGCCUAAUUCAUCAUCUUCCUCCCAGUUGGCUAAGGAAUCUCCUUUGAUGGAAGAGAUAUCAGGUAUUGCACGGGGACAACGUCAAAUCAUCCAUCAGUUGGACAAUCUUAACAAUCUUGUCCGUGACAAUUUAGGAGAGAGGUCUCGCCAAGUAAAAACAACAAACAAGAGAAGCAUUAUAGCUGAUGUUGAACCCAUCACAGUUAUGCUCACAUUAGCUGUUGGUGGUCUAGGAAUCUUCCUGAUUAAGGGAUUUUUAACCCGAGUUUGAUUCCUCCACCCAAUAGACUUUUACAAUCUAGUGAAUCUUUUUUUUUUUCUUACUGUUUUGCAAUUUUACCUUUAAGCUUAAGAAAGAUAGUUGAUUUAACAAUGAUGGAUAGUCUUUAGAGGUAGUAGAGGCACAUAGGAACUUACAAGGUUCUCCUUGACCUUGAGGGUUUGUUUAAGGAAGGAUGCCGGGGCCAAUUUUGUAACGUUGGGGGCCUCCAUUGUCAUGUCAACAA